CUUUACAGUACAUAUGGUGCUGCUUUACCGCACUAGUGCGAAAAUUAGCAUAUUACGUUACUGUGUCGAACAUUUAAAGGGCCAUAUGUACUGUAAAACGUUGUACGAUACAUGUGCGAAUAAGUAAUUCGCAACUCGUGUCGAUUUAAAACACUCCCUUCGGUCGUGUUUUAAUUUAUCGCCACUCGUUUCGAAUUUCAUAUUUUUCGCACUUGUAUCGUAAUGUACUAUUAUUGCACACAUCAAUACAGAAACAAUACAAAUAAUACAACAAAUAAGAAGAGGUAAACAACAGGAGGAGGUAAUUUAAUUUAAAUUUCACAUUUUUGUUGACGCUACUAAACUAUUAAAAAGUAUCUGUCUGCCUAUCAAAUGUCAUUGAUCUAUUUUUACAAUCGAAAAAAAGUAAAGCGGUCCGAUUUAGGGCAUUUUUCUGAUAUACAAGUACGGCGAAACUUUGAAUCAAAUAUCAAUUUAUGCUCAAGAUAGCGAGAUUUUUUUUAAGACUGCUUUUAUGAAAUGGUAUCACAAUGCAUUAAACAUUGUUUUAGUGCAUUGCGUAAAUUGAAACUUAUGCAUAGACAUUCUUGACAUUGACAGUGACAAUUGCUUUGCUUCGUGACAGCGUUAUAGCGUCAUUAGCGUCAGAUAAAAUCAUUGUGAUCAUUAUUAAUUGUUUUCAAUCUCAGUUAACAAACUGCGUUAUUUUUGUGUUAAAAUACAUUUAAAAACUAAAUAACUAAGGAUCGAAAUAAAGUGUAUUGCUCACAAGUCACAAAUUAAACGUUCGUCUUAAAAAUGUUGUCUGGCAGACCUCGAUUUAUAAAACCGGGCAAUGACCCACUUUAUCCAGCCAGAAAUAAAGAUGGUGGCGUAGAAAUACUGAUUAACCAGAACACAGACUCUGCACUGACCACAGAUAGUGAUGCAAAGACCAAUUUUGUAUAUAAUCGGUACCAUCAUCUACCAUUGACUAGUCAGAGACAGAAGCUGCCGGUGUUCCAAUAUAGAAACCAUAUAUUGUAUUUGCUGGAGAAGUAUCAGACUUUGAUUCUUAUCGGAGAAACUGGUUGUGGGAAGUCAACACAAGUGCCGCAGUACCUCCACGAGAUCGGACAUAAAGUGUGCGUGACACAACCACGGGUAGCGGCAGCAGCGUCACUUGCAGCCAGGGUGGCAGAAGAAACAGGCGAGCCGCUAGGCGAAUGCGUCGGCUACGCAGCCGGUAUGACUAGUCUGCGUUCACCAAAUACUGGCAUUGUGUUCAUGACAGAGGGCGUGUUGCUGCGAGAAAUGUUCGCGUCGCCUCUUUUAAUGCAGUAUUCGGUCGUGGUUUUGGACGAGGUUCACGAGAGAUCACAAAUGACGGAUGUGCUGAUGGGUCUGCUUAAGAAAAUAGCUAAAAAACGCAAAAACCUGAAGAUCGUCGUGUCAUCCGCCACCAUGGAUGCUGAAUUCCUGAAGGACUUCUUCAAUCUGACAGAUAAGAGAGAGAGGGAGAAACCUUCCACCUCUGUCAUCAUGUCUAUGCAGGGCCGGACUCACCCGAUUGAUGUUUUUUAUACCCAAGAACCAGUACCGGACUACGUGAAAGCUACAGUAGAUACAGUCAUCAAGAUACACGAAAACGAGCCUUUUGGAGAUAUACUGGCUUUUCUUACUUCACAGGAAGAAAUACUCACAGUCCUAGAAACUUUGCAACUAUACGCAGAACAAAACAACGAAAAGAACAAAUACAGAAAACAGUUCCCGAGCGGCGUACAAGCGGCGAAUCUAUCCAUUCUACCAAUGUAUGGCAGUCUGCCACACUACAAGCAGAUCAAAGUAUUUCAAAUGGCGGACAAGAACGUUAGAAAAGUGGUCUUAGCCACGAAUAUAGCGGAAACCAGCGUCACUGUACCUGGGGUUGUUUAUGUAAUCGACUGCGGUUUCCACAAGCUGCCCUACUUCGAUCCGUCGCUCGGCGUCGAGAGCCUGUGCGCGUGUCCGGCGGCGCGCCGCACCGCGCGGCAGCGCGCCGGCCGCGCGGGCCGGACGCGGGCCGGCAAGUGUUAUAGGUUAUAUACAGAGGAGGAAUUUGAAAAACUACCAGCCAGUGUUCCACCGGAGAUAUCGAGAAGUGACUUGUCAUCUGUACUGCUGCAGCUGAAAGCUCUUGGCAUACAUAAUUUACUCAGGUUCACAUUCCCAACGCCGCCGCCAGCUAGAAGUCUCCUCUCCGGCCUAGAAACACUUUACGCGUUAAAGGCAAUAGACAAAGAUGGAAACCUGACUCCUUUGCUAGGAGAGAAUAUGGCCGAGUUACCUCUGAGACCCAUGUGCGCGAAGAUGCUGUGUAACAGCGGGGAAUAUGGUUGCGUGGAAGAGGCAUUGUCGAUCGCCUGCAUGCUUCAAGUAGAGGGCGUUUUCACGAAGAGCGCGUCGGGGAAGGACAACAUUGCCGCUAGGAUGUCGAGAAGAAAUAACUUUGAGGUAGCAGAAGGCGAUAUAAUAAUGUAUCUAAACGUAUUCGAUUCAUACAUGAAAGUGAAGAACUCGACACAAGACGCGAAACGAUCGAAAAAGGCGUGCAGAGAGUGGUGUCAGAAGAUGUAUGUCAACCAUCGCGUUAUGGAGAAGGCGUGCGAUAUUAGAGACAGCUUAGAAAAACUAGUCAAGAGAAAGUUUGGAAUUGAAAAUAAAACGUUCGAGGGACCAGAUUUAGGAACAGCGAAAUGUCAAAGAAUAAUGAAAUGUGUCCUGUCCGGAUUCUUCCCUCAAGCGGCGCAUCUUAGCACAGACUCCACGUACAGCGGCGUCAGAGGCGCCGCGCUACACGUCAGCCCGGACAGCUGCCUGUUCAGAGUGCAGCAGCCGUCGUGGGUGGUGUUCGCAAGCGUCCAGAGCGCCAGCGACAAGACAUACAUGCGCGACAUGAUGACGAUAAACAAAGACUGGCUGUUAGAGAUAGCCCCACAUUACUAUAAACAAACUUAAUAUACUAUAUUAUCAA